AGUGCUGAACAGUGCCACGUGCCAGUGCCACAUCAAUGCCACCUAUCAGUGCCCAUCGGUGCCACCUAUCAGUGCUGCCAAUGAGUGCCGCCUAUCGGUGCCAGUCAGUCCUGCCUAUCAGUGCGCAUCAGUGCCGCUUAACAGUGCCAGUCAGUGCCACCUAACAGUGUCAGUCAGUGGCACCUAACAGUGCCAGUCAGUGCCGCCUAUCAGUGCUGCCUUUCAGUGCCCAUCAGUGAUGCCUGUCAAUGCCCAUCAGUGCCACCUAUCAGUGUCCAUCAGUGCA